AUCUAUAGGAGACAACUUCAGUGUGCCUUAGAUUGUUUUCAUGCUGCAGGUCAGACAGAGGAAGAGAGCGUUUAACUAUAAAAUAAAUAUAUAUAAUUGCGUACAGGAAAUGGACGACUCUUGUUUAAAUAGAAUACGAGUCGUGUGGCUAUUCGCUGAGGUGAGACAAGAGUUUUAAUCAGCUUUUCUCUGCGUGAGAGUUGAAAGUAUUAGCUCGUGUAGCCAGUGCUACGUUCAAUGGCAGACGUGUUAAAAGACACUAAAACCGAGUUAAUACACAAAACCCCAGAGCUGUCGGUGCAGUGACAGGCUGCAGGAAAAACACAGACUUAUAUGGACCCUUAUAAGGUCACUGCCAAAGGUGGAAGACAAGGCCACAAGGUGAAGAAGGAUGAGUCGAUUUUAAACCAAAGAAAACCAUGGCCCGAAAUACCCAUGUCUCCAUCAAACACGGAAGACGCCAGAAAAUCCAGAUUCAGUGCUACCAAGUUUACACCCCUAUAAACAGACCCAGCAAACGGCGCUAGAUGAACAACACAAAGAACUAUAAAAGCAAAGGCAAAUGCCUCGAGAGGACGCAGCGCAAGCCCUCAGUCGCAGGAGGUUCUCGCUUGUGCAGACGAGCCCAGAGACGCUUGCGGUGUAAAUGGAAGCUAUGGAUGUGGAGGAAGGAAAAAGAGAAAUAUCUUUUUAGGAUAUUCAGUAGAAAAGAAAAAAAGCGUGUGACCAGAUCUGAUCCUUCCCUCGACCCGAAGACACAAAACAGGAAACUGAGGAAACAGACCAACCCUGUAAAUGUGAAAGCUGAGAAGGCUGCUCGGAAAAGACUUCAGUUAGAAAGAAGUUCUAAAAGGACUACAGAAACAAAUUUGGCCCGAAUUCCUCAAAGACCGACUCAUAGUCUUGUCCCUGCAGAGACGAUAAAACGUCAGACUGUGGCGUAUCCAUUAGAACAACACACUAUUGACACUACAGGUAGGCAGGACAAGGCUUCAGAGGUCAAGGUCAGCCUUCAGGCGCUGACCGAGGAAAUCCACGAAUUCAUUGACAACUUCUACAGAAAAUAUGGAAGUUUCAUUCCGUUUCAGAAGAGGGAUGUGUUCCAGCACCUGAAAACGAAGUUUAACAAAGAUUUGAAUGACAGGGCUAAUCCAAUCGUUUUAGAGGUGAACACGUACAAAGAUGCGGUUGCCCGGAAACCUUCCGGCUCUUUUCGUGUGGUCUACCAAAAACACACUCUGAGCCUGGAUGAUUUAUCCACCCUGGCAGAUCAGAACUGGCUCAACGACCAGAUCAUCAACAUGUACGGAGAGUUGAUCAUGGAAUCUGCACAUCACAAGGUCCAUUUCCUCAACAGCUUCUUCCACCCACAGCUCAUGACGAAAGGAUACGAUGGCGUUAAGAGAUGGACUAAACAGGUAGAUUUGUUCUCCAAGACUCUGCUGCUGGUGCCGGUCCACCUCGAUGUUCACUGGUGUCUGGUGACCGCCAACGUCGUUACAAAAAAAAUCUACCUCUAUGACUCUCAGGGGAAUGCUAUCAAGCACAUAGCACGGAAUAUCCAGGAAUACUUGAUGAAAGAAGCACGGGAGAAGCAGAAAAGUGCUUUCAUGAACGGCUGGACCUUGUGGUUGAGUGAGGGAAUCCCUCAACAGAUGAAUGAAAAUGACUGCGGGCUUUUUGUCCUGGAGUACUGUCGGCGACUUGCGCUGGAAAAACCCAUGCGGUUCUCGCAGAAGGACAUACCAAAGAUCCGGAGGAGGAUCUAUAAGGAGCUGUGUGACUGUAAACUCCAUGAAGAAGAGUGAAAAGGGGCCUUUAAGUUGAAUCUGUUACACUCUCACUCUCACACACACACGUUUACAUUUGAAACUAUUUCUAUCUGUCGUUUUGCUUUAUUCAAAACUAUUUAAAAAAACCCCAAACAUAUUCACAUUGUCAUGUGGAGUUUGAAGAUCUAACAUAUAGACUGCACAUCAGGGUGUUGGUCAACAAUUAUAAAAUAUACCAAAAAGAACAAAAAACAUUUGUAGUCUCAGACUACUGCCCUCAGAGGGCAUUGCUAAGGGAUUCAUUAAGUCUAUCCGUCCAUCUAUGUUAGCUUGCAAGGCUUAUCAUUAGCGCUGCCAGCUGCUGGUGACUCCGCUUGCUGUGACAUGUCAGUUCUAAUUGUUUUUUUAUGAUGUAAUAAUGUUUUAUAAUCCUAUAUGUUUAAUUUAUUCUUGUUGAAAUGUCUUUAUGACUUAAAGCAGGGGUCACCAACCCCUGGUCCGUGGACCGGUGCAAGGUACGUAGGUCAUUUGUUGCCGGGCAAAAAAAUGUAUUUUGGUUUCACUAAUUUACUUUGUUCAAAAAGAAUCCAGUCUUCUAUCCCAAUUCUAUCCCUACAAUGGUGCGUUACCUGCCAUGUACACACAUAGUAUUUGCUAGUUGCCCGUAACCUACCCAGUACACAUUAGUACAGACCCUAAGACAGCCGUAUACAUGUGAAGCUCUGUCGGGGCACAUAAAAUGACUUCAUAGGCCUUCAGUUUGAAACAUGAUCAAAACUAGGGUUUCCCCAAACUCCGGUUCGGGGACCAUUGCUGGUAUGUAAGUCCAGGCUGCAGUGGGACACAGUAAAAAAAAAUGUACUUCAGUUUUACUAAUCUACUUCACUCAAAAAGAAUCCAGUCAUAUCCCUUUACCUUUUUCAUUCAGCGAUAAUCUGACAAUGUUUCAAAACAAUCAUUUUCAGGCUCGGAAUAAAUCAGUACAAUAA